AUGGACACAAGGGACACAUCGACACAAGGGACACGUCGACACAAGGGAUACAUCGACACAAAGGACACAUCGACACAAGGGACACAUCGACACAAAGGACACAUCGACACAAGGGACACGUCGACACAAGGGACAUAUGGACACAAGGGACACAUCGACACAAGGGACACGUCGACACAAGGGAUACAUCGACACAAAGGACACAUCGACACAAGGGAUACAUCGACACAGGGGACACAUCGACACAAGGGGCACAUCGACACAAGGGACACAUCGACACAAGGGACACGUCGACACAAGGGACACGUCGACACAAGGGACACGUCGACACAAAAAACACAUCGACACAAGGGGCACAUCGACACAAGGGACACAUCGACACAAGGGACACAUCGACACAAGGGACACAUCGACACAAGGGACACAUCGACACAAGGGACACAUCGACACAAAGAACACAUCGACACAAGGGGCACAUCGACACAAGGGACAUAUGGACACAAGGGGCACAUCGACACAAGGGACACACCGACACAGGGGACACAUCGACACAAGGGGCACAUCGACACAAGGGACACACCGACACAGGGGACACAUCGACACAAGGGGCACAUCGACACAAGGGACACAUCGACACAAGGGACACGUCGACACAAGGGACACGUCGACACAAGGGACACGUCGACACAAGGGACACGUCGACACAAAGAACACAUCGACACAAGGGGCACAUCGACACAAGGGACACUAGGACACAAGGGACACAUCGACACAAGGGACACAUCGACACAAGGGACACAUCGACACAAGAGACACACCGACACAGGGGACACAUCGACACAAGGGACACAUCGACACAAAGGACACAUCGACACAAGGGACACAUCGACACAAAGGACACAUCGACACAAGGGACACAUCGACACAAGGGACACGUCGACAAAAGGGACACGUCGACACAAGGGACACAUCGGCACAAGGGACACAUCGACACAAGGGACACAUCGACACAAGGGGCACAUCGACACAAAGGACACACAUGGAACAGUCCGAGAAGCAUGGAUGAGUUUGUGA